UGUUAAUAUUUCUCGCUCGGAAAGGUUGUGGUUUUCGCGGGUUUGACCAUUUUUUGUUGUAGUUUUUUUUUGGUUCGGGCUAAGCGGCAUCGUUACCUGUCCAUUAGCUGAUUUUUUGUUGGUGUGUGUGUGUGUGAAAGCGUUCUUGGUGCCAACGCUAUACUUUUUAUGGCCGAAUGUUAAUCUUAUCGCAAAUCAAACUGCGAGCAUGAGUCCGCAGAGGAAAUUGAAUUAAAUUUCAGUCUCGCAUUCGUACGCCCAAUUUGGAACUCUACUCUUAGUGGUCCUGCUGCUGAUCCCGCAAAGAAGCAACGAUCGACCACAACAAUCCAUUAGGAGAGUUCCACCACCACCAUGCCUGUGAAGACGGUGUCCCGCCAGCAGAGCCAGACGCCCGCCCAGCAGCUGCAGCAGCAGCGGCAGCGGGAUGUUGAAAACGGCCUUUAUCCAAAUAUCCCGCCCGAGCGAAGAUCGCCGCCCUCGCGUCCACAAACCCUGCGCCAGGACACCAUCGACAUGGAGGAGAUACCCCUCAAUCAGGCAAUAUCGCAGGAGCCGGAGGAUCGGCGCAAAAUGAGGGAAGUUUUUGACAAGCACGAUUCCGACCGCGAUGGACUGAUUAGCACACACGAGCUGAAGGGGCUCAUUUCGGAUGGCUAUUGCCGGGACAUACCCGCCUAUAUAGCCGAGCAGAUAUUGCGCCGCAGCGACACGGACAACGAUGGGCAUCUGGACUUUGAGGAGUUCUACACGAUGUCGCUGCAUCACAAGUGGAUGGUGCGCAAUCUCCUGGCCAGAUAUUGCCGAAUGGUGGUGCCGCCGCCCAAGCCACUGGAGGGCGAUGAGCCGGAUGGUGCCUACGAGAAGCAAAUGUCCAUCUGCCCGCCGCCCCUCACCAUGGUGAUCUUUUCGAUCAUUGAGAUCAUUAUGUUUCUGGUGGACAUUAUACACUUUCAGGACGAUCCGAACCACAACGAUCGACUGGGCGAGAGCACCAGCGGGCCGGCGGCGACGCUCUUCAUCUACAAUCCGUACAAGCGGUACGAGGCUUGGCGCUUCGUCAGCUACAUGUUCGUCCAUGUGGGCAUUAUGCAUCUGAUGAUGAAUCUGAUUAUUCAGAUAUUUCUGGGCAUUGCCCUGGAGCUGGUGCAUCAUUGGUGGCGCGUGGCGCUUGUUUAUUUGGCCGGCGUGCUGGCCGGCUCCAUGGGCACAUCCCUGACGAGUCCGCGCAUCUUUCUGGCCGGCGCCUCCGGCGGUGUUUACGCUCUGAUAACAGCCCACAUUGCCACAAUCAUAAUGAACUACUCGGAGAUGGAGUACGCGAUAGUGCAGCUGCUGGCAUUUCUCGUCUUUUGUUUCACCGAUUUGGGCACAUCCGUGUACCGCCAUCUCACCGAUCAGCAUGAUCAGAUUGGCUACGUGGCGCAUUUGUCGGGUGCCGUGGCCGGCCUGCUGGUGGGCAUCGGUGUGCUGCGCAAUCUGGAGGUGCGGCGCUGGGAGCGCAUCCUCUGGUGGGUGGCCGUCAUCUUUUACUUCGCGCUCAUGACCACCGGCAUCAUCAUACACAUCUUUGUGCCCGACUACUUCCCCAAGCAGGACUACAACUGAGAUGCAUAGCCUUAAGUCGUCGUACCCUUAGCCCUAGAUCUAGAUCUAGCAUCUACACACGCACACACACACACACACCGACACACACCCCCUCCAAGUGCACUUAAUGUGGCAGAUGACCGCUGUACAGCACGCACAAUGCUUUAAGCCCUGUCCUACCGCUCUACUGGGCCUUGUCUGUGUGUGCGUGUGUGGUGUGCUGCAUAAUUUAUUUUCUUACGACUAAUUUUGAUGCCCUUUUGCCGAGAGAGUCGUGCCGACUCACUCAGAGACCAACCGUCCAUUUAGAUGGAGUCUGUAUGUACAGAUAUAUACGUAUUAUAUAUAUAUAUAACUAUAUAUUCUCGAUCGUCAUGACGAUGCAACGAAGCUACGAUUUGAAUGCCCCAUUUCCCCAUUUCCCGUACAUCCCCCAACAGAGAA